GGUGCCAGCGGGCGGGGCUCGGCUGCCCGGCAGGGAGGGGGCUCCCCGCUCUCGCCUCUUUACCGGCGGAGCCGCUCCGCGCCGCACCCCCCGGCUGCAGCAGCCGCCCCCGGGCCGGGGCCGCCCCAGGCUGAGGGAAGCGGGGCUCUGCCCCAGCCCCAGCCCGAGCCGCCGCAGGGCGCAGGAAGGGGCCGAGCCGCCAGAGGUCCUUGGCGGCUCUCGGGGGUCGGCGGCGGGAGAAGCGCGCUGCUGCUGCUGCUGCCGCCGCCGCUGCUGCUGCUGCUGCUGCUGCUGCUGCUGCUAUCGCUGUCGCCUUCCCUCCCUCGCCGCAAUGGGCCUCCGGGAGCUGGUGCUGUGGCUGCUGGCGGCGGCGGGGCUGGUGCGCGAGUCCCUACAAGGAGAGUUCCAAAGGAAGCUUUAUAAGGAGCUGCUGAAAAAUUACAACCCUCUAGAACGACCGGUUGCGAAUGAUUCCCAGCCUCUCACUGUCUAUUUCACUCUCAGCCUCAUGCAGAUCAUGGAUGUGGAUGAAAAGAAUCAGGUAUUAACAACAAAUAUCUGGCUACAAAUGUACUGGACAGAUCAUUACUUACAGUGGAAUGUGUCUGAAUACCCUGGAGUGAAGAACGUCCGUUUUCCUGAUGGACUGAUUUGGAAGCCAGAUAUUCUUCUCUAUAACAGUGCUGAUGAAAGAUUUGAUGCUACAUUUCACACUAAUGUUUUAGUCAAUUCUUCAGGACAUUGCCAGUAUCUGCCACCAGGCAUAUUUAAGAGCUCAUGCUACAUAGAUGUGCGCUGGUUUCCAUUUGAUGUUCAGAAGUGUAACCUGAAGUUUGGAUCCUGGACAUAUGGAGGCUGGUCCUUAGACUUACAAAUGCAAGAAGCAGAUAUAUCUGGCUAUAUUUCAAAUGGAGAGUGGGAUCUAGUAGGAGUUCCUGGGAAGAGAACUGAGAGUUUUUAUGGAUGUUGUAAGGAACCUUACCCAGAUGUGACAUUCACAGUAACUAUGAGACGCAGGACUCUCUAUUAUGGACUUAAUCUUCUUAUUCCCUGUGUACUGAUAUCGGCACUUGCCUUAUUAGUUUUUCUGCUUCCAGCAGACUCAGGAGAAAAGAUCUCGCUAGGUAUAACAGUUUUAUUGUCUCUCACUGUCUUCAUGUUACUUGUGGCUGAAAUUAUGCCAGCAACAUCUGAUUCUGUGCCCUUAAUCGCUCAGUAUUUUGCCAGCACUAUGAUUAUUGUUGGCCUCUCUGUUGUUGUCACUGUUAUUGUUCUACAAUACCAUCAUCAUGAUCCAGAUGGGGGAAAAAUGCCUAAAUGGACAAGAAUCAUCCUUCUGAACUGGUGUGCUUGGUUUCUGAGGAUGAAGAGACCAGGGGAAGAUAAAGUGCGUCCUGCCUGUCAACACAAACAGCGCCGAUGUAGCCUAUCGAGUGUGGAGAUGAACACUGUGAGUGGACAACAGUCCAGUAAUGGGAAUAUGCUGUACAUUGGGUUUAAGGGGCUGGAUGCUGUGCACUGCACACCUACCACUGAUUCAGGAGUGAUCUGCGGGAGGAUGACCUGUUCACCAACAGAAGAAGAAAACCUUCUGCACAGCGGCCACCCCUCUGAAGGCGACCCAGAUUUGGCUAAGAUCUUGGAAGAGGUCAGGUACAUUGCCAACAGAUUCAGAGACCAGGAUGAAGAGGAAGCCGUUUGCAAUGAAUGGAAGUUUGCAGCCUCUGUAGUGGAUCGGCUCUGCUUGAUGGCUUUUUCAGUCUUCACAAUCAUUUGUACAAUUGGUAUUUUGAUGUCAGCACCAAACUUCGUAGAGGCUGUCUCUAAAGAUUUUGCUUAACUAUUAACUAUGAUUUGAUUCUCUGAGGUAUAAUAUGUAGCAAAUAAGAGUGUAUUUUUUGUUUGAUUGCUUGUUUUUAACAAGUAUGCUGCUUCUCAUUGUCCUUUUUCUUUUGCCCCCUCUGGCAUCCUUCUCUGGUCCAGAGUUCCUGUCUGAAGAGUGGCACCAUUUCAGAAGGGCUCUGUGCCAGCUCCCCUGAGCACACUUGAGCACUCUCAAGUGGGUGCAAGUCCCUUCAGAAUGACAGUAUUGCACCAGCAUCUUUUAGGCAUUUUGAAUCAGCUAUUAGAGUUAUGGGUAGGCAAUGCCAGAAAUGUAAUUUCUUCCAGACUUUUUUUUUUUUUUUUAAGAUAGAAGUUAGCCCAUCUUAGCUACUCGAAUAAGUGAUGGGAAGCACUUAAGUUUAGGAAGGGAUCAAAUCCAGAUGAAUGGAAGCUCAAACAGCAGAGAAAAAAGGGAAAAAAAAUACCUUGCUUUUCAAUUACUGGUUCUUACUGAGUUGAGGUAUGGAGAUCUUUUGAUCACAACCAGUCAGACCCACAAUUCCCUCAAAGCAUUUUACAUAGAGCACAAGUGAGGAUUCUGAAUUUGCCUGGGACACCGGAAACUUGAAAGUUAAGAUGAAACAGCACAUAUCUUGUCCUUCUAUAUAUUUCUGGACUUGACAUAGAAGUUUGGCCAGAAUUCUUAAAACGAGCUUCACAGUAAUUGUUGUGGUGUUUACUGCAACUUCCUUCUCCUAAGAAAGACAUUCUUUCAACUGAUAACUUCUGUCAGUCUUUAGCCUUAAUGAUGAUAUAAAGAAAAUGAAGGAUUAUGGUGAUUUCACUUUCAGCUGUUCAUCAAAGAAAAAUCCACACACUUGUCUCUUUACUGUUAACUGGAUUCCAACGUGGAAAAAGUAACCGUCUUGUACAGGCUCCAGUAUAAAUGACAAGUCUAAAGCGAAAAAAGCUAUUAAAUCCUGAGAUCAAGGUUUUAAUUUCAAAAUUAAAUGUUUGAUCUGUUGUUUGCUUAGCCUUUUAUAGACCUCUUUCUGUUGAGUCACCAUAACAUGUCCUAACAAGGAAACUGCAUCCUUUCUGCUCAGUUUAUUAUCCAAGGAACACUAAUGAAUAAUAAAACUUUUGGGGGUUCAAUACAAACUAUAAGCUGUACAUAUAUAUAUAUAAUAAACUGCAUAUAUUUCCCUGGAAAGACUUAAGACUUAAAUACAAAUUCUUUUAAGUCUAGACAGGCAUUUUCAAAGGCAAAACUAAUAGUUCAUCACUUUAUUUAUAUGUUAUUUCUGAUUCUGAAAUUCUCCCAUCAAAUUAUGAUUUGUUUUCACAUGACUUCAGUGUAUUAAUGAACAGUGCUGACAUGAGAAUACGAAGACCUGAAAUUCUGUGCUUGCAAAAUAGCUAAGAAUUAGUCUCAUGACCAAUAGCAGUAUUCCUGACCAGUGCUAUAAGUGGUAAAAGAUGUGGUGGAGGAUUAAUUUAGCAUUGACUGCUUGCUUGAUGCUGCAGAAACCCAACUUUUUGGCUGAGGUAACAGACACACAAAUAGAGGCCUGUUGUAGUACCAUGUUUUUACUGUGAGAUAAACUUGAGGCCUCAGUUUAUCUCCCAAGAUGGAUUAAAAUAGCCACUUAAAUGCUUGCUCUCCCCUAGAUAUCAAUUUAUUUUCCAGAGGCUGCUCCCCUGAAUGCAGAAGAAUCAAAUUUCAUGUACACCAAGCCUAGAGUCACCACAGGUACAGUCCAUCACCUGAGUUAACCAGGUGACAGGGCAGGAGAAGUAAAAGGAAGCAGGUUAUUUCUCACAGUUUGAGAGUUCUUUCUUCCUGAAGUUUCAUUCAGAAUCUCACGCUAUAAAGACCUGAGUAAAGAACUGAAGACCUUAUUGAAAUCUUGUCUUGAAACCUUGUCUCUGAGAGUUAUCUGUAAAGAAUUUAUUUUUUUCAGGAACAGUUAUUAAGAAUUAGCCUUGCAAUAAUUCCUGCAAGUAUUUUGUAGCCUGUAGAUUGCAUUUGAAUAAGAAACUGAGUCCAAAAUCUGAAAUGUGAGUUUUGUUCAUUUUGUGACUAACAGUGUGGCACAUGCUGCUCUUCUGAGUAGCAUUUCUAGAAUAGGCUUCUUGAUUCAAAUGUUGGUUAGCAUCAAUAGUUUUCCUUCUGUAAGUAUACCUAAAUAGCUACACAGAAUAACCCAUUGAGUCUAAAGUUUUGGGGUCCUCUUGGAUAAGAAUGUUAAAAAAAGAAAAGAUUUUUGGGGACUAUCGUGUACAAUGGGAUGCAACAACUGCAAUCAUGUACUACAUGACACAUGUAAUACAAGAAGCAUGAGAAUACCCCUCUUUCCACCAGAAUCCAUUUACUCUAUCUGUAGAAAUCACCUUGCUAUAUAUAGGAAUUCUUUACAGAAGGAGGGAGAAAGCAAUUUACAAAUUGACAGUAAGUUUCAUUAGCAACAACAUACAUGUCUGUGCUUAAAAGCUGGAGACUUGUAGUUGGCCUUUAGUGAAGUCCUGCUAAGUUUGUAACGCUGGGAUUAUACUGUCAGCAAAUACCACGUGCUAGACAUAUUAGUUGUAAGGCUCCAGCAUCAUGCCUACACUAAUGCCUUUAAUAUCAGCAGGAUUAAUGAAGGGGGAAAGUGAAUUCUCAUUUUUCUGCUGUCAACACAACCUGUAAACAUUUGGUAAUAACAUGGUUAUAAAUCUUAAACACAACAGUGACAGUCUCAGUUACAUUAUUUUGCAUCUUUGAGUUAAGUUUUUGUGUAAUUGAGCUGAGCAAAAUUGGUACAUUUCUUGUCAAAUUGUAUGUGUCAAAUAUUUGUGUAUGCACUAAAUGAUAUUUUGAUCUAAAUGCUAGGAAAAUAUUUACAAUUCUGGACAUAGAGAUGGGAAUUAAAUAUGGUAUACAGUAUGUCUAUACAAUAUGAUAGACUGCAUAUUGGUAGCAAGUAUCUGUUAUGAUCUUACGAGUCCAGAAAAUAGGGUAAGCAAGUGGUUCACCACAACUAAACUAUGACUUGUCUGACAAAUUGAAAAGUUUGCUCUAGAGCUCAGCUGUCUUGUACAAUACUAUCUGUGAACAAUGUAUAUUACUUUCUGUUUUUAUAUUGACUUGUAUUGAAUAUUUAAAAUUUUUUAAUAUGUAAACAUUUUUAUUUAAGCAUUAAUGCCAAAAAUGUUCCAAACAAAAUUUUAAGAAGUUAGUUUUAAAUACAGAUAAAUUAUUUAAACAGUAUUUAAAAAUCAUAAAUUAUUUUAUAUAAGAAUUGAUAAUACUAUACAAUACUUUUUUUUAAAGGUUUCUUUAAAGUCUCUUUCCAAUCUCUCUAGCUGCAGGAUGUAAUCUCAAUUCACCUGUGACAUUUCUGCUUUUCUCUUUCUUUACCAAGAAAUGAAGGUAAACCAACAUCCUGCAUUUUUUCCUUUUGUUAUGCUACUUUUUACAUUAAGUAAUAUUGUAUAGAGGGCAUUAGAAAGUGAUGUUAUAUCUGUCAGGUACCAAUUGUCAUAUAAGCAAUUCAAUACCUUUUCAGUCCAGUACAAAUAAAAGAUUUAGAUCAAGAGAAUUUUUAUUCCUUCUCAUUUUGCUAAGAUGGAAAUGAAAUCAAGCAGUAAAAAACAUGAACAACCAUGAAAGAGAGAAAAAUCUCUUUGGAAAUACCAUUCUGUGAUGACAAAGGUCUUUGAUAAUUAAAAAUACAUCACAUCCUCCUAGCAAAGCAGU